GAAAAAAGCGAUCCGAGAGAUUGGGCCGUCGUCUUAGCCCGCCGUCGAUUGUGCCGUUAUGAGUGGCGACAACAGUUGCCGGUCGAACAGUGUCCGUGUGUGGGGCUGACCAGCAGGUUGCAAACGGUGCGGUCGCCGAUGUUGUUGAACACGUCCAGUCCAGUGCUAUGGCUUCGCGUAUAACGUCCGGUGCCCGGUUGUGCGUUCGCGCCAGUAUCGACAAGCUCGUGUGCAAGUUGUCCAGGAGCAGACAUCACGACGCCGCAUCCUCGUCGCCGUCCACGUCCGUUGGACAGCGGUUGGACAGGACACUACAAUGUUACCAGAAACAAUGGAACCGAAUCAGAUCGGAUCACCAGAGGAAUCACUGUCGGCGGUUUUCUACGAUGCAAGACGCAAACACAGAUUCACUGUCCGCUAUCGAUCCAUACAGAUUGUUGGAAGAUGACCUCAGAGAUGUGUACACAGACAUCAGACAGGAACUCGAACUGAACACCAAUCAAGAUGAGCUACGGACGAUAGCCACGUAUUACUUCGAUGGGCAAGGCAAAGCCCUGAGGCCGAUGGUGGCCAUUCUGAUGGCACAUGCCAUAAACUACCAUACAAACAAUAAUAAUUUGACUAAAAAACAAAGAGAAGUCGCCAUGAUUGCGGAAAUGAUUCAUUCAGCGUCACUGAUACACGAUGACGUCAUUGAUCAGUCAGACUUUCGGCGGGGCAAGCCAAGUGUGAACGCGCUCUGGAGCCACAAAAAGGUAGCCAUGGCCGGCGAUUACAUAUUAGCCGUCACGUCCAUGAUGAUCGCCAGACUCAGCCACAACGACGUGACCAUCACCCUUAGCCAAAUCAUCACGGAUUUGGUGCAAGGCGAGUUUAUGCAGCUCGGUUCCAAAGAAACCGAGAACGAAAGGUUUGCCCAUUACCUAACGAAAACGUACCGUAAGACAGCCAGUCUCAUAGCCAACUCUGUAAAAGCCGAAGCAAUGUUAGCCGGUGCCGACGACAAAUUAGUGGAUGUGUCAUUCGAGUACGGUCGCAACAUAGGACUUGCGUUCCAGCUGGUCGACGAUCUGUUGGACUUUGUUUCCAGCAAAGACGCAAUGGGCAAACCGACGGCCGCCGAUCUGAAGUUAGGCCUGGCCACCGCUCCUGUAUUGUUCGCAUGCGAAAAGUAUCCAGAGCUGAACGCCAUGAUCAUGAGGCGGUUCCAAGAGCCGGGCGACGCCGAACGCGCUUUCGAGCUGGUGCACAAGUCACAGGGUCUGGAGCAGACGCGGUUCCUUGCCAAAAAACAUUGCCUGGAAGCAACGCGGUUGGCCGGCAAGAUAGCCGAGUCGCCGUAUCAAAAGUCCCUGUUGGUCGUUCCGGACCUCAUAGUGAACCGCAUGAAGUAAUGGACACCGACCAGGAUUUUUGAAAAAGAAGAAAAUAAUGUACACACACACAAACAAAAUGGCAAUAAUUGUUAUUAACUGUUAAAAAAAAAAAAAAAAAAAAAACAAUUUUCACCGGUGAACCAGUUAUUUAAACGACUAGUCCCAAGUAUAUUUUUCAUAAAAAAACACAUUUUAUUUGUUAUCAUCAUCAUCAUAAACGCUUGAUCAUUUUUUUUUUUUUUUUUUUAUAUUAUAUUAUAUAAUAUAUAUAUUGUUCGAAAUAUUUAAAACGCCAAACGAUUUUAAUGGGCGCACAAUUUUUUUUGUUAUUAUAUUAUAUUAUUUUUUUAAAUAUGUUUAAUAUUAUUAGUAUUAUAUACAUAUAUAUUUAUAUAUAUAUACAUUAUAUUAAUCACAUCAAAUAUAUUUAUAUAAAUAUUUUGUAUUUAAUACUGCAGUACUUAAUAUUAUGUAUAAUAUAUUAUAUUAUUAUGUAGAUAUAUAUGGAAUUAUCGCUGUUACGAUGUUUGACAUGAUCGACAGCGAGUGCGUAUUUUCAUAUUAAUCGCCUUAACCACAUUAUUAGAUUUACUUAUUGCAUAAUUUUUCUCUCUUCUUAAUGUUUUUGUUACCCAAAACAUGUUUCUUGUUAUUCAUUAUUAUUAUUAUUUUUUUUUUUUAACUUUAAAAGACAAAAUAAAAAUAUACAUAUAUUAUAAUAUAUUAUUCUUAUAUAAUUAUAAUAUAAGUAAUAUUAUUAAAUGUAAUUUUACUAAUUUUAGUUGAUUGUUUUAUUUUUUUUUAUCUAUCUUGUACACUAUACACUCGAUCGACGAACAAAGCGCGUUAACGGUAUCACGUUAACUACAUUAAACCAUAAGUUUUAUGUCCGAUAAAAUAUUGUUUGACGCUUUUUAAAAAAAAAAAGAAAA